GCACUCAUCAGAAGUAGUGUGACGUAAUGAACUAAUCUUUCAGAAAGCCUGUCUGGAUUUAAAUAGAGAUAUAGAUAAUCCCAUUCAGCACUUAGAGGAGUUGUCAGGGGGAGCCAAGCCCAAAGAGGGGCCAGCGACAGCACUCAACACAUCGCCAUCCCGUUGUCUGGUCAGAGAAAGAAACGGCAAAAGCAGACAUAACGUGAUACAAGAGAGGAGGGUGGGUGAAAGCAGAAGGAAACUCAGCAAAUCUGCCCCUUUGACCCGCUUGUGCUGCUUGGGAAUAUGGGGAACACCAAGAGCGGCGCUUUGUCCAAAGAGAUUCUGGAUGACCUGAAGCUGAACACCAGAUACACCGAGGAAGAGCUCUGCGCAUGGUACGCCACCUUCCUCAAAGAGUGUCCCACCGGACGCAUCACCAAGGAACAGUUCGAGGGCAUCUAUGCCAGUUUCUUUCCAGAUGCUGACCCUACCGCUUACGCUCGGCACGUCUUCCGCAGCUUUGACACUAAUGCCGACGGCACCUUGGACUUUAAGGAGUACAUUGUGGCGCUUCACCUUACCUCAUCAGGCAAGACCAUGCGCAAACUGGAAUGGGCGUUCGCUCUGUACGACGUAGACGGCAAUGGGACCAUCAGUAAAAACGAGGUGCAGGAGAUUGUACGGUCAAUAUUCAACAUGAUUCCCAUCGAAGACCAGAAAAACCUUCCGGAAGGUGAGGACACGCCAGAAAAGCGAGCGGACAAAAUCUGGAACUUUUUCGGAAAGAAGGAAGAUGAUAAGAUUGGAGAGGGGGAAUUCAUUCAGGGCGUCAUGGAAAACAAAGACAUCUUGAGGUUGAUACAGUUCGACGAGCCAAAGAAGAUUCAGGAAAAACUUAAGGAGAAGAAGCAUUAAUGGCCACAUUCCCAUGAGACUGAUUUCUAUUCAUUUGACACUAAACCUACACGAUCCAGACUGCUUCUCCAGGCCACACUCUGGAGACAUUCUAUCCAUACACAUGUCAAGAGCCAUGAAGCAGACAAACAUAGAUUUUCUUGUAACACAUACAAGUCUUGUGUUCUGGACCAUCAGCACUUCUACCUGAAGGGCCUCACUGCUAUUUCGAUUGCUUUUAGAAUAAGAGGUCCAAUCGAAUUAGGCUCGUGUUAACAGUCCAACUCUCUGCUCAAUCCUCUUAGGAUCUGAAGGUCGGGUAAGACAAAUCCACAGGGUCCAGUGGCUCUCCUCUUUUAGAUCCCUUCAGGGUUAAGGUGGUUUAAGCGCUCAACAUGCAUUCAUCAGACUCCGAAACCAUCUGCUUAGCAGGUGUCUGGAGAAUUUUUAAAGAGUAAAUUUCUUGUACUGUGUUUCUUAGGAUGUGUAGAAAUGGUGAUGAGAAUUUUAGAGAAUUUUUAUGUGAAAAUUUAGGAAUACAUAUUAAACGUUUAUAAAUCUA